AUGGCGAGCGAUUACAACAGUCUUGACGAUGUUCCGAUGCAGAUAAGAAGAAAUCUUUCGAGUCCUGUUCCAUCACAUUUCAGUAUCGUUACCGCUACGCCGUCUCCCAACCUGGUUCAUAACCAAGAGGUUAUGAGCCCAAGGGCUCCCCUUGGGCAAAUCUCCGCAAACACUCAGCAGCAAGGACAGCAAACAACAGCUACAGCAUCUACAGCAGACAUUGCAGCGGACGGAUCAGUCGUCUUCAGGAGUUUAUCCCAAGUGGUACUUCCUGCAGACCUGGUGUUGCGACUGCAAGCGCUGCAGAAUCUAGAGCUGGGACAACUGGCGGAUCUUGAUCACAUCCGACAGGGCAUGCAGGCACUGGCCGAUGAGCUGGUGAGACGUUCCGAGCUGCUUGGACAAUGUGUCCAAAGGGCCGCAAGUGGCACCAUGGAAGAUAGAGAAACCAUACGGGGUUUGCAGCAGACUUUGCAAGCCCUACAACAGAGAGAUGCGCAUCAUCAAAGUAGACUUGCCUUUUUAUCCUCGGAGCAUGAGCGGACGAUGAGCCUUCUUGCAGAGUUUGAAGCGGGCAUGAAAGCCAAAUGGGCCGAGGCUUGGCAGAAAACCACUUCCUUGGAGGAGAGACUUGAAACCUUUCUGGCGGCACAGGCUGGAUUGCGUGGAGAUCUUGAGGGUCUUGUCGGCCAGUCGGCCGGAGAGCAGAAGCAGCUCCUUGUUACCAUGCUUGAGAAGCAGGCGGCAGCAUUGGAGCAGGCAACGGUGAAGCAAGCAAACAGCGAAGAGCAGAUUGAGCAGCUGAAGCGGAGCUUAGAUAGGGCUCAGGCUGAGGCAGCGAAGGCGAGAGACCAGUAUGAGGAUGAUUUGAAAACCACUAGAUGGGUGGUAAAUCGGGUCGCGAGGUUGGAAAUGCUGGUAGAAAAGCUGCGAAUUCAGGAUGCGACUAUCCAGCGAGAGUUAGAGGUGGAUCCCGAAGAAGGAAUUCGGUUGGGAAAUGCUGGUCACGAUGUGGACCGCACCGGAGCCCCUGUGAUCCAUCAUGUUCUAUCUCCAGAAAACCCAGGGGAUAGCAAUGAGAACUACGAGGAUGAUUGGUGGGGUGCAGGUGUUGCCGAGCAGUGGGAUGCAGUCGGGCGCAAUUUUCCACCCGGCUUGGGGCUGAACGCUCCUCCACCACCGUUGCCUGAGAACAUGAAGCAGGCUAACUCGGCACCUGAGGUCAAAAUCCACCAGGCGGCGUUUAAGCUGUUGAAGGAUGCCCCGAAGCUUGACCUAUCAGCAGGAGGGGAACCGUGGGAGAUCGGCAUGGUUGUCCACCAGUGGCGUGUGGAGAUGCGGACUGUGCUGGCAGCGAUCCAUCAGCAGUUCGCCGAGUUCUUUGACAGGACCUAUGAAGCAGGGAGGUUGAGAUAUGAAAAGAAGCGUUUGUCAGGGAUUGAGGAUCAGCUACCGGCUAUUGCUAGUGCGGACGCCGAAAUGGAGACGCGGCUAUCGCUGACGCUGUUGCAGAAGCUUCCCACUGCCGUUCGCCAGCCUGUGGUGGAGACGUCUUCAUCGCAGAACGUGCGCUGUGUGCUCAUGUUCGAAAGCUUACAUGAGAGAUAUGCUCCAGGAGGCAAGGAAGAGCUAGAAUCAAUCCAAAGAUACCUGAGACAACUCCCUACGGCUCAGGAUUUCAAGGGCGCUCUUACAACUUUGAGGCGAUGGAAACUUGCACGCCAACGGGCGCACAAUCUCGGGUUGCCGGAGCAAGCGCCUAACGAAGGCAUUUCAGCGUUAGACUCCCUAGUGCGAGCGCUAGAGAAAAGGAACCAACAGAUGGGGAUGAAGAUCAACUUACUUCGUAUGCAACCAGAUUUGAUUAUUCCCUCGUCGGCUGGGCUUGAAAGGUACGCUUUGUUACUCGAAACCGAGUGUCGGAGGCUAGCCUCCGAUCAAGAAGUGCGGGACGCACGCGCGGCCCAGAGUAGUGAAAUCGUAGUUGCAGCAGAGGCAGCAACCAAGGGCAAGGGUCGGCAGAUGUGUCAUUUCUUUGCUAAGCCAGGGGGAUGUUGGAGGGGCAAAGAUUGCCCAUUCUUCCAUGGGGAGGCGAAUCAGGCCAAGGGUAAAGGUAAGGAUAAGGGAUCUGGGAAAAGUAAGGGGAAGAGUGCCGAUGGCAAACAGGGUGGCAAGGGCAACGACAAGGGGCUUUUGGGUGUAGGCUUGAAGAGUAUGGUGUAUGCUGCCCGAGAAGUGGGUGGCAGGUCUGAGCCAUCCGAUUCGGACCAAGGGUCAGAGCUCUCCGAAGUUGGACAGGCUUUAUCUAGUGAUUCAACAGGCGAGGCACUUGAGAAUCAGUCCAAUGGUAGUUCACAGCUGGAAGAGCUAGAAGAUAUUGUACGUGAGAGGGCUGAGCAAGCUCCCAACAGGGCUCCCCUUUGGUAUCUUGUGCUAGAUCCUGUUGAGUAUGCUGUCUGGAGUCCCGGGCACGAUGUGAUCACGCAUGCCAUUGCCCCUUUCGAGCGUGUGAACGGUCCAACCUUGAUUGCGCUUGGGGUUUGGUGGGCUUUGUCAGAGAUUGAUUUCGAGCUUCCGGUAGCUGUAGCCUCCGGAGAUGUGGUCGAAGCUUUUAGAUCGCGUGAUGGCGAGUUGAUCCUCGGACAGGAGCCUGACAGUGACUGGAUACUGAGCGUAAGGCGCCUCAGAGGCGUUAGCGGCUCAUUUGUUUGGGAUGCCUCAGGCCCUCGCAUCACAUACCCUAGUGACUCUGGCACUGUAACCAUUGACUGCUACGAAGAGAAUGGGUUGCCAUACAUAACUUGGAACGACUUUCGUCCGAUCAGGAAGCUCUUGGCACAGGCUUGGAAGUACAAGGGCAUGGGAACUGUCUUGAGAGCAGCGUCAGUGGAUGGGAUGCAAGUGCAAAUUCUGAGCUAUCCAGAAGUAUCAGAGGCAUUGCAAACACGGUUUGAGGAGGAGAGUAGCUUAGCGGCACCUGUUCAGGUGGAAGAUGCCGGAGAGAAGUAUGCGCAGCACCUUUGUGAACAGAGCACGGUGUCGUUCAAGGAGGUUUGGGAGGCAAUCCAGUUGGCCUCUCUAGUUGAGCGUAGAACAGACCGUGAGAAGAUCAUUGCAGGAAGUGACGGCCAGAAGAUUCCUGUGUGGGUGUUCGGGCUGUUUGUUCAUGGAGGUGUACUCGGACUGACUGCUGAGACAUGUCGACAUCCUUGGUUGACGAAGUUGCUGACGAAGAUGGUGCGUCAGAACAAUCCGGGCUUGGAGUUCCUGUCCAUCACAGUGUCAAUCAAUGUAGUCUACAAACCGCACAAAGACAGGAAUAGCUUGGAGAGGGAGUCAGCGGUCAUCGGCAUCACCAAGUUCCAGGGUGGACGCCUCUGGAUAGAAGGUCUGCCAGGAGAACAGCACAACGAUGUUCUACGAGAGGUGGAUGACAGCGGCAACGUGAAGGCUGGCAGAUUGCAUGACGUUGCACACUGCAGUGUCCGCUUCAAUGGUGCAGUCAGACUUCAUGGGACAGAGCCGUUCCAUGGAACUAGGGCGAUUGCUGUAGCAUAUACUCCGAGGGGCCACAAGAAUCUUUCCAGCGAUCUAUUGUUGAAGUUGGAGGCGUUUGGUUUUUGGGAUGAGAGGAUGAGCUCGAAGCCGAGCGUCAGCAGCGGAAGCAGUGGAUGGUGCGGCAGCAAAGCAUACACAGUGAGCAACAGCAGCACCCACGGCAGCAGCAGGCUAGAAGCAGUGAGUGACAGAGACACAGACAACAUCACCCACGGCAGCAGCAGGCUAGAAGCAGUGAGUGACAGAGACAAAGGCAACAUCACCCGCGGCAGCAGCAGGCUAGAAGCAGUGAGUGAGAGCAGAAGUCACAACAUCCAAGAGGUCCCUAACAAUCAGGGUCAGGGCAUUUCGGAUGAUGGUGCAGUUCAGGGCCGGCCGCAUGGUGAACGAGGUUGCCAGGACGCUAGCGGGGUUGGUUUAGGAAUUCAGGGUCUAGGCGCGAGUAGCGCGCGUUGCCCCGAUGAUGAUGAUGAGGGUUGUCAGCUGCGAGGGUUCAUGGCCUCUGAAGGACCGGCAGUUCCUCCGGAAGGUGUGGAGCUAACGCGGCCAGGGGAACUUGAUGCGUUCGGGUUAGAGUCGUAUGAAGCUGCGCUGCGAGAGUUGAUGAAGAAGUGCAAGCAGGGAUGCUACGAUCCGCAGUGUGAGAAGUGCAUCCGCGCAAGGGGUGCAUCCAGGCCGCAUAGACAGAUUCACGAGGCUGGGAAAACAUAUGCCAAUCUGUCGCUAGAUGUUUCCGGACCUCACUGCGAGUCAGCUGACAAGAUGAAGUAUGCUGUUAUUGGUGUGUAUAGACUGCCAACGGGAAAGAACCUGUACUAUGCAGUUCCAACGAGGACUAAAACAGCAAAGGACGUAGCUGAUGCAGCUGCGUAUGUGAUGGCUCAGCUUGCUUCGUUGCAGGUGCCACCAUGUUUCCGGGUGCAUACUGAUUGUGGAAAGGAAUUUGAAGCUGCUCUUUUCGCGGAGCUUCAGCAGAGGCAUGGGGUCUUCCAUACCCAGUCGGUGCCUUAUCAGCCGCAGUCAAAUGGGAGGGUUGAGAGAGGAGUGCAAGCGCUUAAGCAAGCAACCAUUCGAGAUCUGUUGCAUUCUGGUCUUAGCCCCACCUUUUGGUCGUAUGCCAUUCAGAGUGCAGCAUUCCUGUCACGACUGCGUGCUCUGGACCUGACGCUACCGAAAGGGACACCUAGAAUGGGGGAUCACGUGGCAUUUCAGCGACCAGGAGCAGAUCACUUCGAGGAGAGAGCAUCGCAUGGGGUGUUUGUGGGUCACUGCACUUCAUGUGUAAAUGGAGCCUGGGUUUUGAUUCUUGAAGGUGGGGUUCUGAAGCUCAAACGGGCGAGAUUGCCGGUUCUGCUGGAUAAACCGAUUGUUCGCUGGAAAACUUCAGUGGAUCCGGAGGGAGAUCGGAGAGUCUGGGUGGCCAGUGACGGCCGAGUCGUCUGGAGCCAGGAUGCGCCAGAGGGCUUGCUAACAGUCGAGGAACGGCUAGAAGGCCCGGCGGUGGACCCUGAGGACCUUCAAAGGGUGAUCAAGCAAAGGAGUUGGGACCGUACGCCGGAAGAGGCUCUGCAAUUGUUCGGCAUGUUCGGACAUGGUUUGCUGAUGCAUGACCAUGACACUGUGCCGGAGGAAUUAGGACCUGAGGCUGAGGUUCCGGAGUUGGUUGUGAUCGAUUCGGCUUGUGAGGAUACUCACGCUGAGGAGGAGCCAUUGGUCUUCGCAGCUGCCGUUCGGAACAAGAAGGUGGCAAAGCCGGAUGACAAGGUCGAUCGCUACAAGAUUCUGCCUUACGAGGUUGAGCAAGAGAUGAACAGAGCGGAGGUCAAGGUUGCCCAGCUGGUGACCGACACGAUUGAUGCGAGGAUCUUAUCUGACCCUCGAACACCGGCGGAUGAGAAGCUGAAGUGGGUGAAUGAGGGUUUAAGGCCGGAGCUGGAAACGCUUCAAGCGAAGGAGAUCUACGACGAGUGGGAUGAGGCCGACAUCCCACCAGGAGCAAAGGUGUUACCGUCCAAGGUGGUGCUGACCAAAAAGCCUCUUGAGGGCGAUGUGGAAGUCGAUCCCACCGAUCAUUUGAGUACUUGGAGGGCAAAAGCGCGGAUUGUGGUGUGUGGGAACUAUGAGCAGAAUACGAUUGGUCAUGAUCCAGAUAAUGCCAGUGCGAAUCCGGCCAUCGAACAUAUCCGAUGGAGCGCUGCUUGCCUUGCCAGUCACCCGAGCUGGACUGGACUGGUCCUUGACGUGACAGCUGCAUUUUUGAAUGCGAAGAUGGACAACGACACCACUUUUGUCAGGCCCCCAAAGGUCCUAUCCAGAGAAGGAUUGGUGCAGCCUUCUAAGGUCUGGAGGCUUCGUCGAUUGUUGUAUGGAUUGCGUAAAGGACCUAAGCUUUGGGAGUUGUGCCGGAAUGAGGAGUUGGAUGGAAAGACGUUUGAGGAUGCAAGUGGUGUGACCUAUUUUCUUGAUCCUAUCUCGUCCGGUGUGUGGGCCAUCAGAAAGCAGGGAGAGCAACAGUCCUUUUGCGGCGUGUUCGACAUGUACGUUGAUGACGGCUUGAUCGUGGGACCGGUGGCUUUGUGUCAGGCUUUGGCAGAAGUGCUGUUGAAGAUUUGGCAGAUUAAGAUUCAAGGGUGUUUGCCAAGUGAUGAGUUGAAGAUUGGUGAAAAGGUCCAGGUGGGUGACAAGCAAGUUCCAGUCCGGCAAGAGUUGCAGUUUCUGGGAAUGGUUUUCAGACGCACUGAAAGGGGUGUUGCGCUGCAUCAGCACCACUGGGUAGAUACUGAGUUGGAGCGGCGCGGCUGGACAACGGUCAGAGGAGCUGCUAAUCUCCCAGAGGUGGCGGAAGGACAAGCGGAACCGGCACCUCGUGAUGAUGCGUAUGGUGCCGAUUUGCAUCGAGCUCAGUCGGAGAUUGGUUCUCUUUUCUGGUUGGGGCUCAGGACAAGACCGGAUCUGCUUGCAACGGUGGGGGCUUUGUCAUGUAUGAGUACGGUGGACCCGAGAAAGACGUACAAGUUGGCUACACAAGUCUGGAGGUACAUAGCCGGGACUAGGGAUAAGGUGCUCUUCUUCAAGGCCGGCGGCGAACUUCAGGAUGCAAAGCUCGCAAUCUUCGGUGAUGCAUCGCUAGCUCCGGGGGCAUCGCGAUCAAGGACGGGUGUGGUGGUAAAGUUUGGCGGGUAUGUCAUCGCCUACCGCACUCAACGCCAAUCCCUUACGGCGUAUUCGGCUUUUGAAGCUGAGGUUGAAGCGUCGGCGACGGCGUAUCAGCUGGGAAUGCAAGUGAAGCUGUUCUUGGACAAGUUCUUGCAAAGAGGAGUUGACACGGAGCUGUACGGGGACAAUUCGGCUUGUGUAAGUAAUCUGACCAAGGGGUCGGAGUAUGUGCAGCCCACUCGCACGCGCCAUUUUGGUAUGAGAUGUUCUUACUUGAGAGACCACCUCAAGAAUGAUGGCAUCCCAAUGCUGCAUAUGAGUGGAGAUUUGAUUCCGGCCGAUGGAUUGACGAAGACUCUUUCGCGAGUCAAGCUGGAAAGCUCAAGAGAGAAGCUCAAUGUUGUAUGA